GGAGAGUUCUUGCAGCUGCCUUGUGCGCGCUCGUUUCCCCCGCCUCGUUCCUUUGACCGCUUCCUCCGUCGCCGCUGCUUCUGCUUUGACUGUGAACAUCUCAUCUGCCUCCCCAUCCGCCAUCCCCUGCACCUCGUCGCUCUUCCUGCGGUAACCCUCACGUGCCAUCCUCCACCCCCGGUCGCUCUUGGCUCCUCUUCUCGCUCUUUUGUGUUCCAUCCGCCUUCCAGCCACCUACUGUGCCGCCUCUCCAACAGCAUGGGCAAGCUUUUGGAGCCGUGCCAAUUCGUCAAAUGCGUAGCUCGCUUUUAUCCUCUAAACCAGACUUCAGCAACCAGGAGCCCUGGAGUAGUGUGGGAUUCCAACUUCCAACAUCUCCCGGCCAGCCAGCCAGCCCCGAAUUGGGCUCUAACAGGCUCGGAAAGCCCAGGUUGGACAAGGCUGCUACAUGUUUUGCUCCAGCGCCUUCCUGCUGUGACUACCCCGCCCCAUCGACUCUCUUGUCAUUGGCGUUUUCCCUGCGCUCUUGCCCAUUGAGCCGGCCUCCUCGCUUCUGUAUUGUCCAGAGACCUGCCUUUUCGAAACAUCCAUUUCUUCUUUGACACACUUGGUAUUACGCUUAUUUAUUAUGCUCCAACCAGAAUUUCCACUGGUUACAAAGACAUCUUUCCAGACUAAUCUUCCUGGCCCCUGAAUGGCAUCUUUUGUUCAUUCCUGCUUCUCCCGUUCGUAGCAAGUGAGCUGAAAACGCGUGUUUCUUCCUGGUCUAUCUUUACUUGAGAGAUAGAAAACGAGCUAGACUGCAGGUGGACAUAAGCUGAAAAGCAGUAUUUUGAUGGAUCCUGGCCAAAGUGGGUGUGCAGAGCAACCCCAGGAUGAAACAUGGCUGAGGACCCUCAGAGAAAUUUCCGAUCCGUUUAUUAUGAGAAAGUAGGAUUUCGUGGUGUUGAAGAGAAGAAGUCAUUGGAAAUCCUUCUGAAAGAUGAUCGGUUGGAUAUUGAGAAGCUUUGCACAUUUAGUCAAAGGUUUCCUCUGCCAUCCAUGUAUCGGACCCUGGUAUGGAAGGUGCUUUUAGGAAUUCUUCCUCCUCACCAUGAAUCACAUUCAUUUGUGAUGGAAUGUCGAAAGGAACAAUACAGGGACGUGCACCAUGCUCUUCAAGUAAUUCGCUUUAUCCAGGAUUGUACUCCACAGGUUGAAGUUUUCCUCCGGAUAUAUCAGUUGGAAUCAGGAAAGCUGCCUCGAAAUUCAUCUUUCCCGCUGGAAGAUGAAGAUGAGAUAUUCCUUGCUAUUGCUAAAGCAAUGGAGGAAAUGGUGGAAGAUCAGAUUGAUUGCUACUGGCUUGCUAGUAGUUUUGUAAACCAGUUGAAUAAGUACAAGGAUUCAUUACCACAGCUGCCAAAACUUCUGGAACAGUACCUGAGCCUUGAAGACAGCAGGCUGCUAACACACCUGAAAUCAUGUUCAGCAAUGAGCCACCUGCCUUAUGAUUUUUGGUUCAAAAGAUGCUUUGCCGGUUGUCUACCUGAAUCCAGCUUGCAAAGGGUUUGGGACAAGGUGAUUAGUGGCUCUUGCAAAAUUCUUGUCUUCAUUGCUGUUGAGAUCCUAUUAACCUUUAAAAUGAAGUUGAUGGCCCUGAAUAGUGCUGAAAAGAUUGAACAGUUUUUGCAAAAUAUACCUCAAGACAACACAGAUGCCAUUGUGAGCAAAGCUAUUGAGCUGUGGCACAAGCAUUGUGGGACCCCUGCUCACUCCGUCUGAGCCUGUGCUUUCCACUUGGCAUUUCUGUUUCUUCCUUUGUUUUAAUGUGCAUCUUCUCACACCCCAAUGUAACUAAUUAAAAUUACUAAAAGAC